AUGUCCAAAAGAUACCGCCAGCUGCUCCCUGGCCCCAGUUCAGACAGUACUCCUCCUUCUAGGUCACACCCAUCUGGUUCAUCUUCCACGAGCGAUGAGCCACUCAAACGACAACGGAUUGGAACCCAACUCGCGUGCAACGCGUGCCGCCGUAGAAAAAGUCGUUGUGACGGACAGCGGCCUAGUUGCGCGGCUUGUCGACGACGAGGUGAGGAAGAGCCAUGCAUCUAUGCUGAAAGCCGCGGUCAAGGCCUACCGAGUAAAGAAACCGAGCAAAUCCUUGAACUGUUUCACUUCUUGAGAUCUGAACCCGAGGAACAAGCCCUCGAUAGCCUGAGAAUUAUUCGAUCCCACAGCGAUAUUGAGACGGUUUUGUCCAUAGUCCAAGCGGGCAGGAGUCAUGAACGCGGACAAGGAUGGCCUCCUACAUCCACAAGCCAUCUAGGACUGGAGUAUGAGCUCAUUGCAAGGAACCCGGUAGCCUUCCCGCCCCUGCAGCCCCUAGAGUCUAGUAUCAUCAAGGCAGUGCUCAGCACCGGCCUUCUAUCAGUCACCAACAGGGAGGUGAAUGAAGAACCGUUUGGAGCUGGCGCCAGCACGCCGUCCGAUCCCGAAGCCAGCCCAUUCUCUGCGCACCAUUUUACAAAUACAAGAAGUCCGAUAUCCACUUUACAUCGUUGUGAUGAGCGACUUGAGGGACUGGACAUGAAAUUCUGGUCUUCGGUCCCGAUUUCGGACGACAUCGCUGCCAAAAUCAUUUCGUUAUACCUGGAGACGGACCAUCCGUUGUUGGGGACCUUUGACCCCGAUCUAUUCGUCGAUGAUCUGGUCAAUUGCCGCUUGAGGUACUGCAGCCCAUUGCUCGUCAGUGCUUUAAUGUACAGGGGCUGCCAAAUGUGUACCGGUAGUGCCUCCGACCCCGCGGUCAAAGAUUACCUACCUCAGUUCCGCGAGGAGGCAGAGAAGCGCCGGGCAGAUGAGAAGGAUGCUGAUACUCUUCUCAACCUGGCCGGGACACAGUUGAUGGGAUUGGCAUACUUGGGUGAUGGCGAAGAUCACUAUGCCUUGAUAUACGCGUCGGAAGCGAACGCCAUGGCAACACGCAUGGGCUUAUUCGGAGUCGAUCCUACAGUGGCGGCGGGAAAAGCUCGAGAAAUAUCCCCCGACCUUCAAAACGCAACUUCAUAUGCUGCCUGGGGCACUUUCAAUUGGAUAGUGAAUGCGUGGCAUCAGGGCCGCGAUGAUAGUGGCAAGUCAGUUCCAGAGUCUCUGAAGUCCGAGUAUAUGGGCGAUACCUUUCCGGUCCUUUGCCGGUUUUGGCGAAUUAUUCACGAAGUCACUUUGCGAUACUACCGCGAUCAACCCCAUCCACGGGCACGCUUGAGCGAUCACGUCAGUCUUGCCUUUGCAGAGUACAAGUAUCGUGAGCUGAUCGCUUGGGCGGAGACUCUGCCGCCAUCCAUGAUGCGCUCAGAACAGAGUCCGCAUCAUGUUCUCACCUUUCACAUUUGGUUCCAUGCGGCCAUUCUGGAUAUUUUGCGCCCAUUCACAAAAAGCUCCCCUGAUGCCGCUUAUAAAGCGUCCGUCAACCAGCUUAAGCGGCUGAUAGUCGUGUACCGCAAGAACUACGCAUCUUCGACUUACACCAUGCUAUGGCACACGGCACUCAUACAUGUUGCAAACGCCUUACUUGACGACACGAAAGACUCGGCAUGGCGCUUCUACCUCCUUUUCUGCAUUCAGUGCUAUGGGAGCUUACGGCACUCAUACCGCUUCGCAGAGACUAUCGGCCGCAGCUUGCUUUCCAUGGCACUGCAGAAAGGAGAUUUAUCGGCGAGCGACGCGCGAAAGCUGAUGCAGCAAUUUGAGGAGAGCUGGUUAAUCAACCCGUCGGAGGAUAUUCGAGCUACGUUCAUGGCUGACCUAAACCUUGCCAUGACGGAUCCUGGCGAGGCAAGCGUUGAGAGCCUUGCACAAAGGUUUGAGGAUAUAGCGUUGUUCCGAGAGUUUACGAGUCAAGAGGACUCAGGCGAGGACGAGCCUAUGGAUUCAGACGAUAAUGCAGCCUGGGAAUCGCUGUGAUAUACCCGUUGGUCCAUGAGGAGCAAGCUCCUAGGUGGACGACCAAAGCAAGCUUGGUUGGCCAUAAGACCUGGGAACGAACACAAAAAGCUGGAACAUGGGCGAGGCCCGAUUUUGGCUGUGUUUUUGGGCCUUUCAUGGAAUAGUUAGGCUUUUCGAUACCCGUUGAGAUGACAUGCAUGGCAGCUAUCAUCUGGCUAAGGAUGCCGUCACCAAAACAACCCUUCAGCUUCUAUUUCAGAAGCAAUUGAUCAACUGAAUAGGUAAAGGCGCACAGAAAAUGGCCCACCAGCUGGCCCUUCUGAAAGUCCAGGUUGGAGAACCUUCAAGAGGCCAAUUCGACACUUAGCAAACGCCGAAGAGCUAGCAAAACACAUCUGAGACGAGGAAGAAGAAUGAUUAUGGUGAGGGUAAGGUCUACAAAAGCAGAAAUAUAUCAAUGAGCAGGUACAGCAAAAAACAGGGCAGCAGAGUGGUCGGAAGAGGCGAGCAGAAACGAAAGAACAGAACAGAAGACCUCUAAAGAAGAGGAAUGUGAGCAAUAUGAAUUGAUC